AUGGCUCAUCCUCUGGAUUCCGCAGCCAAGGAGAAGACACCACUACGAUCAUGGAGGAAGAAAUACCGCAAGCUGAAGAUCCGAUUCGAGAACGCGAUGGAGGACAGCAACAAGCUCUAUACCGAUGAACAAAAGGCCUUGAGCCUAGCGAAGCGUCUGCAAGAACAGAAUGACCAACUCCGAGAGAUCCUCCUGGAAGUCAACCAAAGCGACCUCAUCCCCCCCGAACAAGCCUUCAAUCUCAACCUCAUCGAUUCCGAUCCCACGACAUUCGGGUUGAGUCGAUCGGAGAUCCGGACGCGCAUGGAAUCCCCCGGAGAGUACGCGUCCGCCAUCCUCGACAUCGAUCACGAAGAGGAAUUCCUCGCAUCCCUCGACCAAAUCGACCCGUCCACCGACGCGCCCACUCCCGACGCCCCUCCCAGUCGCCCCGUCAAGAAGUCUUUCACCGACAAAGACCUCGCCCUCCGCAACCCCAUGUCCGUCAUCAACUGGCUGCGACGCAACCAACCCGAAGUAUUCCUCCAAGACAAGCCCUCCAAAGAACCCAAAGACCCCAAAGAACCGCACGAAAACGGCUCCGAGAAAUCGACGCGCGGCAUCGGCAGAAAGCGGGGAAGCCUCACGCACGCGCUUCCCUCGACCUACAAGCCCGAACUGCUGGAUGACGAGAUCGGGUUCGUCCUGGAGGAGAAGGCACCGGCCAAGCGGUCGCGGAAGAGCAUCGAGGACGAGCCAUAUCGGCCGAAGGGCGGGAAGUCGUCGAAGCGGAAACGCGACGCGGGCGAUUCGGAACGAGGGGGGAAGAAGAAGGCGAGAGCAUCGCUGGGCUCGGUGGCGAGUGGUGCGCAUAAGGAGUGA